GUACCUUCAGUGUCAAGGCAGCGGCCGGGCUGAUCGGACCAUUCAGCUCUUACUGCUUCAAUACACUGCCUUAAGUGCCAACUGACACUCUCUUUCAACAUCCUAGCUACAACAGAAUUAAUUUAAGAAGUUAGUACGUCGUAAGAUAUUCAAACUAAAUUACCAAGCUACGAAACAUACUUAAUUACGAAUCUGCAAUAUUAAGAAGCAAUCAAGCUACGAGGGAAGUAAACUGAAAUAUUACAAAGCAACAAGAGAAAAUACGUUAACACGAAACUACAAGACUAAGAAGUUACCAAGCCAGAAGGGAGAAAAAUCACUAAACAACGAGAGAAAAGUUACCAGAAUAAGGAAAGCUGCAAUUGUUCAAGGUCAUUGCUGCGUUCACGACCUGAUUCAGUCUCUCACAACCAAAUAAGAGGCAAUAACCAACUAAAGAUGAUGGAAUCGGGAGCCUCAUCUGCUCAGCUCGUCGACGACUUCAGGAAGCCCUCUUACGCCACCCAGUAUCUCGGCGCCUUCUCGGCAUGUAUGGGAGCUUUAAGCUUUGGAGUAGCUAUAGGCUACAGUUCACCGGCUGGAUCCAUGCUACUCAAGCCAGAAAACAUGACUUAUAACGAAACAGACGGCGAGCUUUAUCUAUCGGAAAGCCAAAACAGCUGGUAUGGAUCCACCAUUAACAUCGGCGCUUUCAUAGGAGGCCCUCUGGGAGGACUGCUCAUCGGCACCAUUGGAAGGAAGGGAGCCAUGUUUUCUACCUUCGUAGGAUUCCUUAUAUCAUGGCUUCUUACAAUUUUUGCUCAGAACUUUGCCAUGCUCAUCUCCUCUCGUAUUGUUGUUGGUCUCGCAACUGGAAUCACUUGCAUUGCAGCCAACACUUACAUUGGAGAACUGGCUUCCGUGGACAUCAGAGGAACACUUGGCAGUGGCUUCCAAUUGAUGGUGGUUAUAGGGAUUGAAUUUGCCUACAUUUUCGGCGCUAUUAUGGACACGUGGCAGUUACUAGCUGUCGUAUGUAUGUGUCCAGUCUUUGUCUUUUUCGUGUUGAUUCUGAUUUCCAAAGAAUCUCCAGUCUACCUCCUCUCGAAGGGAAAGGAAAAGGAAGCAAUGGCCUCUCUGCAGUUCUUCAGAGGAAAGGAUUACAACAUCCAGAGGGAACUUGACAUGAUGAGGGCCGACAUGGAAGAGGCCAGAGAAAACAAGGCUUCAGUCAAAGAUCUGGUCGUCAAUCCCCACCUGCUGAAGCCUCUCACCAUCUCGCUGGCUCUCAUGUUCUUCCAGCAGUUCUCCGGCGUCAAUGCUGUUCUCUUCAACUUGACCACCAUUUUCAAGGAGGCAGGCACUGACAUUCCAGAAACCCUUAGUUCAAUCUUGGUUGGUCUAGUCCAGAUUGUGGCGACUGCAGCUUCUUCACUGCUUAUUGACAGAGCCGGACGCAAAAUCCUUCUCACUGGAUCAGCUAUAGUCAUGGCCAUUUCUCUAGCGGCACUGGGCUUCUUCUUUUAUGAGAAGUCGAUAGACCAAGCCGAUUCUCUCCAGUGGCUGCCUUUGGUGUCUCUCAUGCUGUUCAUCACCUCCUUCUCCAUUGGAUAUGGACCCAUUCCUUGGCUCAUGAUGAGUGAGCUUUUCCCAAGAGCAGUGGCAGGUGAAGCCAGCAGCCUCAGCACCAUGAUGAACUGGUCCAUGUCUUUCAUCUGCACUCUAGCAUUCACUCCACUGCAGGACGUUAUCCACGACUAUGGCGUUUUCUGGAUGUUCGCGGCCGUGUGUGUCAUGAACGUGGCCUUCUGCGCCCUCGUCGUCCCUGAGACCAAGGGCAAAACCGUGGAGGAGAUCAGUGCCUACUUCGGAGCCCCAUCUCCGCUCAAGAGCGGCCCAAAUGAGAAACCAAAGCUUGACAUCAGCAUCAUCUCAUAAUCGGUUCAUCUCAGGGUUACUGAAGUCCUUUUUUUUUCUAGAUUCACUCUCCGCCCAAGUGUAUUUCAGUAAUUUUGUAGCUGUACAUAGUCGUCAACGCAAAGGUUCAACCCUCAUACAUUUCUUCUUCUACUCUCUCAUAUUCCUCUUCUUCUUUUCCUUCGGGUGAAAAGUAAUUACAACGAAACUCACUCUUGUGAAGACUUUAACGCUAAUCAGACAAUGCUUAUUCAGCAAUCAAAGGCAGAGAUGCACUCUGUAAUUCAGAUUGCAUGAAAACCUUCGCACAUUAGGAAGAGAAAAAUGAUGUUCCAUGAUGUAUAUUAAGUCUCUUUUGAUUUGAAUAUACAAGAUAUAUGGCUUUGUGAGAAGGGGAAAAAGCGUAGAUUGCUGAGUAGUAUUCGUAAAACCUCUUUUCACUUCGACACUCAGGACAUUCCUUUUUUGAUCCUUCACAACUAAUUCAUAAUUAAGAAAAAUGUACAUAAUAUGUAAUUAUAUUUUUAAAGUUUUCAUGUAGAUUAGCAGUUUUCUGCAUAAAGCUAUGGUGAAUAAGGUGCAGUAUGCACAAUUUAUUAUAUUUGCAACAUAGAUAACUAGUAUAGUGUUUUGUAUUGAAUUACCGUUGAAUAAAGUAGGGAUGUCCAAGAUUUGCUCACUUAAGCGUGUGACUCGCUGAAAAAAAAAAGUGACUGUCUAUUGAAGAUAUCCACCUAUUACAUUAUUUAUUGCAUUUGAUUGAAAUUCUUUAUAUAUAUACUCUAUUGGAUAUUAAAGUCAUUAUGGGUUUGAUGCCAUCCAUUGUUCAUGUAAAAGUCUGAACACUCUUUUGGUCGAAACCUGUUCAAAUAGCUCAGCCGCACUGUCCAGAAAAUUGAACAUUCCACACGUGCAGUGGUGCCCACUGCUGAAAGGGAGAACCGAAAGAAAGAGAAAUUUGGACGUCCCUAUUUUAAAAACGACAGUUAGUGAUAUAAACCAAUGCUCAAGUUAGUCAAGACUUUGUUAGUGAUGGUCGUCCAGACACAAUCCUCAAACAUAAUUUUCUUUUCACUUUUUCUUCUAAGGCAUUUGCAAACUAGAGUGCUGUUGGCUGGCCCACCAGUUUCACAAUCUAGAUUUGAGUGCAAUAGAUUUCAAACAUGUCAGAAUGUCAUUGUAAAUAGAAACUCAAGUUCACUUUGACUUGAUAUGUGUGCUGUGAUUGUAUAAAACCAUAGUGUAGAUAUUCAGCAAUAACUGUUGUGAGACUUAGUUAAGGAUAUUAUUUUAAUAAAAAUACAUUUAAAA